AUCUGCAUGCGCUUCUCCCCGGCACGGGGAUGACCCCAUGCUGCAGGGCCGCUGCUUGACGUCCAGACCUGUGGCCGGGGAUGCCCGAGACCCCCUGGCUGCACGGCAGAGGAAGGGGUUGAGGGGUUCGCAGCCGUCCCCUCCCCAGUGCAGCCCCUGGGGCCGGUUCUGAGCCGCCCGCAUCAGCCCGCGCGCACCGGCUGCACUUCUGCUCGUGUAGGUGAUCCGUGUGUCAGCGGGCACAGAGAGCCUGAAACCGAGCACUGCCUUUGCAGCACUUGCUGUUGGGAAGCUCCCUUGUGAGGUGUUUUAGAGGGUAUAGUUCUUAAGCUUGUUUUAAGUGAGCUGGAGACACGAAAAGACACGUUUGCACGUCUUCGCCAUCGCCUUCGCCUUGGAGGUGUCGGUGGGGAAGACCAACACUGUGAUGGCUCUGAAUAACUCCAACGUCCUACUGCCCUGCACCUUCACCACCUGCAUAGGCUUUCAGGACCUGGUCUUCACAUGGUAUUUCAACUUGACAGAGAUGAUUUACCAUGGCAAGAUAAAGAGCAAAGCCUCGGAGCCCUUCCUGGUGGGACGCAACCCCCGGGUCGAGUUCGUCGGCUCGACGACUGGAAAGGACAACAACAUCUCCAUCGUCCUGAAGAAUGUGGAGUUCAGCGAUGCUGGGAGAUACACCUGCCACGUCAAGAACCCCAAGGAGAAGAACGCGCAGCACAACGCCACCAUCUAUCUCACGGUGGUCCAAAAGAUGGUGGAGGCAGACAACACUGUGACGCUCAUCAUCGUGUGCAUUGUGGGGGGGCUCAUCGGCCUCCUCAUCCUCUUCAUGCUCAUCAAGAGGGUGGUCCUGUUCAUCAUCAAGAAGACCCAGGAUGGGAAGAAGGAGUGUCUCGUGAGCUCGUCGGGGAACGACAACACCGAGAACGGCUUGGCUGGCUCCAAGGCGGAACAAAAAGCACCCCCAAAGGCAUGAAGCAGCGGCGCUCCGAGCCCCGGCCCGCCCAGCAGCGGGGAGGGUGGGCAGGGGGACAAGCCUUUCCCUUUUGUUUUCUUGCCAAACUGCCAACGCUUGAGACAUGUUUCUAUUACACACGUGCCUGCAACCUGCACUGCUUCUCGGAAAAGACUUCGGCUGCCGUGGGGACUGGGAGCUUCUUGCGGACUUGGUCUGGGACGCUGCCGGGAUGGAGGGAGCCGCCUGCUCCGCUCUGAGCGAAGGCAAGAGGGUGCCAGGCGGGCAGGGAGGGGGCUGGGUGCUGGGGAGUACCCGGUCUGCAGCCGGGGGUGCAGGCUGGUGGGCGGCCAGGGCUCCCGGCACGCCUGGGGGGUAGAGGCUGCGAGCAGCUUGGGGUGUCUUGUCUGACUCUGGCAGUGCUGAGCCGGCACGGGCAGGAGCUGCCUGCUGCAUGCUGAAGGUUUCUGGAGCAGAGCAAGGCUGCACGAAACUCGCCGUAGAGACAGAGGCUGCUGCCUUCGCUGCGUUUCUCAAGGGUCCGGCACGGGAGGAAGGGAGGAAGCAGGGCUGUUGUGAUGGGGCUGGGGUUCAGCUCUCCCCUUCAGCUUGAGAACCAAACCAGUGAAAGACCGGUUGCUGUCAGGGCUGUCAUCUCCUCCCAGUAAGAGCUGGGCGCCGUGCUCCCGCCGGGCGAGCUGGCCCCGGGGUGCCUCGGUUUCCCCUGUGGCAGGGCUGGGGGGCAAAGCGGCCGGGGCUGGCCCUGUCGCGGGGUCGCUGCCGGCCCGUCCCAGGAGCACGGCGGGGUGAAGCUCCACGGUUCGCACCCGCUUUGCCCCCGCCCAGGGCCACCCCCUGGGGGCAGCGGGGGGCUUCUCCCCAGGGGAAGCCUUCUGGGGAGGCGCUCCCUGGGUUCCUGCUGCUGCUGCUCUCGCUCCUCCUCCCCUCCUUUUAAAGCUCGGCACUUAGAGCAGCGAUGCUUUCGGUGCCGACUCACCAAGGCUUAACUCGUUAUGCAGAUGUUUUUUAUAUUAGACUCCAGUGGGAAAACGGCUGUUUGCGUUUCCCUUCCACCUGAGGAAAACCGUGGCACUCCAUCCGCGAUGCAGGGAGGGAGCACGGUCGAGCUCUGGCGAGGAGAGCCGGGCUGGGGCUGCGCCAGCCCGCUCCUGGGCCUGCCACCGCCCUGCCGGGUGACCUUGGGCAAGUCGCUCUGCCUCUCCAUGCCUCAGUUUCCCCGUCUGUAAAAUGGGGAUAAUAAUACUGCUCUACCUCACAGGGGUGGUUGUGAGGCUUCCUUGGCUAACAUUUGUAAAGUGCUUUGAGAUCCUCAGGUGAGGGCUGCCACAGAAAGUCAGAGGGUCUUUGCGAAGGGUACCCGCAGCGGGGACUCGGGCAACCCAGCCCCCUUCCCAAGGGCUGUAGUAGGAUGUGAGACAUGAAGGGAAUGAGCUGAUCCUACAAGUGAAGUUGACAACGUCCUUUACAAUGUGAUUUGUUCCCUAUUUCUCCUCUCUUUGUGGGUGUCUGUCAGUGUAGCUGCAGGACAGGCAGCUCCCCCAUCCCCACUCGGAAUUGGGAAUCAAAGCUGAGCCCUGACUCCCCUGGCUGCAGGCGCUUCUACCCCGACAGAGGUGCCGGAGUGGAAGGCAGGCGAGGGAAGGCCAGGUGCUGCCUUCUGUGGAGACUGUUGUGGGAGGGCUUGGACCCCACCUGCCUGCUCGUGGGGCCUGUGGCACGGGGAGCUCCUUGCAGCCUUCGCCCGGGUGCACGGCCGGCUGGCUGCGCCCAGGCUGGGCGCAGGGGUGCCCGCCGGAGCGGGGCCGUGCGUUUGGGACCGGGGACGGGUCCAGCGCCUGGCCCCGGGCAGGUUUCCUUGGCUGCUGGUUAGACAGGCAGGUGGGAGUCAGGUACCCAGGACCCCAGUCCCCUCUCUGAGGAUCCGUGGGACCCUCAGGCAAAUCACUUGAGUUCUCUGUGCUUCCGUUUCCCCAUCUGUAAAAUGGGGACAGUAAAUCUGACCUACCUCGCAGGAGGUGUGAGGCUCCCUGCAUCGCUUUGCAAAGUGCUCAGAGAUCCUGGGGCAAAAGGCACUCUGUAAAUGCCAAGUAUUGUUAACAUGCCAUUGUCACGCACGAGAGUCUGGGCAGGAAGGUGUGAGACCUCCCAGUUGCCCCAAGAGACCCCCCAGCCCAUCCUUGGAGGAGACCUCCUGUGGGAGACGACAGUGAGGCAAGGAAGGGAUUUUUUUAAAGAACUAUUUUUAGCUGUCCUAACCUGUUGGCCUUUUUUAGACGGUAUCUGGACGCAGUUCCACUUACCACAGGAUAUGCAAUGCUGUACUAUGCAUGGAUUACUCCUUUGGCUUGAUGGAAAAAGUCAACGUAACCGGUUUCUGAAAUGUAACUCUAUACACAUACGUGUGCGGGUGCCGUGCGCAGCGCCGGGGGCUCGGGGGAGCAGGCUGGCUCAGGAGCUUGUGCCAUCUCCUGUGGGGUCCCUGCUGUCACAAGGGCUUUGGGGGGGUCUGCAGGGGCUUUCCGGGGCAGGUGGGGGAGAAGGCCCUGCCGGAGGUGCGUGCUGCGACAGACACGUAUGUGUAUAAGCAUAUAUAAAUACAUGUAGGAGAUACCUGCAGAGAAACACAGGAUGUGUACAACAUGCUGUGUGAUGACUUACAGCACAUUUUUGCACUGUAGAGGUUUAGUUAGCUUUGCCUUGAAUGAAAUAAAGUUUGUUUACUAGAGAAA